AUCUGUGCGUACGCGGUCGUGAUUGUUGUGAAGAUGGCGGAGGGGGAGACAGAGAAGGAAUAUGACACACGGAAAGCUGUCGAGGAGCUCCGAGAGCGGUUCCAGGGUUUGACUACAGCUUUGAAAGAGAGCUCGCAGUCUCCGCUGGAAGCCUCUCUGCAUUUCUGCCAGGAGUUUUGCCAGGUCCUUGUGGAAAAUGCUGGCCGUUGGAAAACUGAUGAGGAUCCACUGCCUUUACUGGAGUUCUACACUGUGGCCAUCCUCAGCUUUGCGAAGGCCAUGUCCUGUCUCUCCUCCGAAUGUGAAAACGUGCCACUCCUACUUGAAAAGUUAGCACUGAGCUGUGUGGAGCUGCUGCUCUUAAUGCCCCAGCAUGUCCCUGUUGCCUUAUGGGAGGAUUUUCAGUCCUCCACGAAGUUGGCAAACAGCCUCUUACAAGAAAGUGGGAGCACACAGCUUUGCCUGCUCUCAGUUCUUGCGCAACAGGAUGGCGUCUGGUCUAACAACACACUAAGCAUCAUCAUGUCCAAUCAAACCCCUCAAAUUGAGCAAGUUCACGAGUAUCUUGAGUUGGAAGGUGCCCAACUUCUGAACAUGAGAAUAAAACAUCUAAUUAAAAUGGAGAGUGUUGAUAAAGCUGCUGUACUGGCGAAAAUGUGCUCAGAGUAUCCGGGAUAUGAAGGAAAAGGAAACUUCAAGCAAACCUACUUGAUGUGCAUCUGCAUGACAAAAAGUCAGGAGCAGCAAAUGGAAGAGAUUGCAUCAAUAGACUGUAAAGAUGCCCUUGAAAUGAUCUGCAACUUGGAGUCAGAGGGGGAUGAGAAAGGAGCUCUCUGUUUAUGUUCUGCCUUUCUCAAGCGACAGCUACUUCAAGGAGAUGUUUAUUGUGCCUGGGAGCUCACACUGUUCUGGAGUAAGCUACUUAUGCGUUUAGAGUUGUCAUCUGAUGCAUUUCUUGGACACGGCAAAGCCAUGGCUCUUCUCUGUAGAAGCGUCUGUCAUAUUCUGUUCCUUAUCAAAGUAAUCCAAAACGAGGUUGGAGAGAUGGGGCUUCCAGUGUGCGUAGAAAUGUGCAUUCAAGCUCUGAAAAUGACAUCAAAUGACCAUAAAGAUAGCAAGUCCACCAUGUGCAAGACAAUUUCCUGCCUCUUGCCAACUGAUCUAGAGGUUAAGCGUGCAUGCCAGUUAACAGAGUUCCUCCUUCAGCCUACCGUUGACUCGUAUUAUGCUGUGGAGUCACUGUACAACGAACCCGACCAAAAGUCUGAGGAGGACGAGAGUCUACCAGUGCCCAAUUCAUUACGUUGCGAGUUACUGCUGGCCUUCAAGACACAGUGGCCUUUUGAUCCAGAGUUCUGGGACUGGAAAACACUGAAACGCAACUGCUUGGCCCUGAUGGGAGAGGAGGCAGCUAUUGUGUCAUCCAUUGACACACUCAAUGAUACAGAUGAACAGGAGGUGGAAAAUGCACUUGGCAAACUCCCGGAAUACAGAGACUUGGAGGAUUUUCUGCUAACCACUACGAAUGAACUAAAUGAAAUCACGGAUGAAAGGGAGAAAAACAGAGAAGCUAAAAAACUUCGGGAGCAGGGUUUUGUGUCCGCCCGGUUCAGAAAUUGGCGAGCCUACAUGCAGUAUUGUGUUUUGUGUGACAAGGAGUUCUUGGGUCACCGAAUUGUUCGCCAUGCACAGAAGCACUUCAAAGAUGGAGUGUAUCUUUGUCCAAUUUGUGCUGACAGUUUUGAAACGAGGGAGAUUUUGGAGCCACAUGUAGCAUCCCAUGUAAAGCAAUCUUGCAAAGAGAGACUAGCUGCAAUGAAAGCUGCUCGGAAGGCAACCAAACCACCUCAAUCCCCUAAAAGUCCAUCGUCAAUGUCAAAGGUUGCUGCCAAGGUGAGCAUUAGUCCUGUUAAAAUUGAAUCUCUUAACAGCGAACAAUUGGUGUCUCCUAUUAAGAUCGAACAAACUACAUCUGACGCACAUAUAAGUCAAGACUGUUUCUGUCCUGUCAAAAACUGUUCCAAGGCUUUCAAGUUUUUCCGCAACCUCAUGGCUCACGUCAGAUCUCACAAGGACGACGAAGAGGCCAUGAGGUUUUUAGAGAUACAAAAACAGAAAGUGGUAUGCCAGUAUUGCAGACGGCAAUUUGUAAAUGUCAGACAUCUUAAUGAUCAUUUGCAGAUGCACUGUGGCAGCAAACCAUACAUCUGCAUACAGUUGGAUUGCAAGGCCAACUUUAACUCCAAUUCUGAGCUUCUAAUGCAUAGAAAAACACAUCCUGAAUUUAAGGCCCAGUGCAUGUUCCCUAACUGUGGCCAAGUUUUCAGCGAGGCCUACCUGUUGUAUGAUCACGAGGCUCAGCAUUACCUUACUUACACCUGCCAAACAGAAAACUGUGGCAAAAUAUUCUACUCACAGGCUCAAUUCUUGUCUCACCAAGAUAAUCACAGGACAAACAAUGCAGUUAACAGUUUUCCCAUCACAGAUCAAAACCCUCCUGAUACUUCAAUAGUAGAACCACCCACCGAGAGCGCCCAGAGCAAUGAAAACAACGACUCUGAAGUUGUCUGCAUUGAAAGCGAACACGAGAUGGAGGCAUCAAAGUCAAACUCGUCACCAUGCAGUUUACCUGACCUUGCUAAAGAACCUAUUCCUGUGAGAGUGAAACACUCGAUUGAAAGCAUGCUAAAUCCUGCGGGAGAAGCUGAAAUCACAGAACCAGACAAAUGCUACACUCCGCUAACAAACCCCACUCCAGCACCUUCUGAUGUGAAGCCCACACCGGACGCUCCUCAUGCACACGAUAAGGUGGCUGGACAUGGUGAGACCCUUCCAGUCAAUCCUAUACCGAGUACAACAAACCCUGUGGCAAGUCAACCGGAAGAGGGGCUUAAUAAUGUUCAGGGCAAUGAACUCACAAAAGCGAUUCCACAAAUAAUUUCUCCAAGUCAAAUCAAGACAGAAAUUGCUUGUUCACUGCAAGGAUAUCCUUCCAGCUCGCCUGCUGUAGCUGCUGGCAAUGAAGAGAACCUGCAUUGCUGCCCAUAUAAUGACUGUACAAGGGCAUACAGUACAAACAAAAGUCUGUCCAGGCAUGUGAAGAAGCAACACCCUGAAAUAUUUGAAGAUUGGAAAUUGGCAAAGAAGUAUAACAAAGUGGCCAAAAUUACAGCAAAAAAGGCACAGAGUGGGCCAGUUUCGCCUAGUCAGUCUCAGAACCAGGGGAACAGGCUGUCAAAUCAGGAAGGAAUACUAUGCAACAAACCUGGGAUGCAGCAAAUGGAUUUCUCAAUAGCAUCUUCAACCUCCCCGGCCCAGUGUUAUCCUGGAUCAAUGGAGCCUGUGCCUAUUACUCCAAUGGUGAACCCCACACUGUACCCAUCAUGGGUAAACCCAAAUAAUUCUUCCGAAAUGAUGCAGUCAGACAUGUCACAGUCAUGGUCUUCACCUCUGAUGAAUAACUGCUAUCCAGAUGCCUUCAACCCGAAUGAGUACCCCCCUCGGGACUGGCAGGCAGAUUCGUACCAAACCACAGCAUCUCUCCCGUCUGAUAGAGAUCAUUCAAUGGCAGCUACACAUGGGCCCUCUGUGUCACAAGCGCCUUCAGUUUCAAGUUUGAUGUCUCAGUAUGUGUCAAGUUCUCUGAUGCUUGACAAUGGAGGGCAAAUACAUAAUGGAGGGCAUCAGUAUGGACUAAUGCAUCCAGAGGGCAGUGGAGAUCGCGAGGAUGUGGGGAAAAGAAGUGCAAGUCUGACGAGCCAGUUGGAUAAUGGAAACAGUAUCUCAACAUUUGAUAGCCUCCCUGAAGGAAGUUACCAGACUCCAUAUGCCCAGAGUGAAAACUCUUGUCUUACUCAAGACUCGUCAGUUGAUAUUCCCAUGAAAUGUCUGAGCCCCGAGGCCCAAGUUGCAUUAAAAGCUCCACAUGAAAUCAUCAAAACAGAGAGGGUGUCCACUCCUUGUUAUGAACAGAGAGACAACUCUGUGGAUGGCAUGCUCAGUCCAAACAGUGUCAUUCACACAGAUUUCCCUUACGAAGAGGACUGCCCUAGUGCUGACUGUGAGGCUACCCCUGCAGAUGAGAAAGUCGGGGAUCCUGACAUUCAGAAAGGAAAACGCGGUAGAUUGAGUAAGAGAACCAAAUGGCCAGCCAUCAUUAAGGACGGCAAAGUCAUCUGCAGGAGAUGCUUCAGAGAGUUCACGAGCACCAAGUCUCUCGGAGGUCACUUGUCUAAACGGUCUCAGUGCAGACCUGUAGAGGAAAUUGACCUAACUGCUGAUCUGCCAUCAUCUUUCCUGGAAUUUCUCAAUGACUCCACCGUCCCUGAUAAUAACGGAGCAAUAUUCGACCUGUCAAAUGGGGAUUUCUCACAAGAAUCUUGUAGCUUGACCACUUUGACUUCACCCAUGGUGUUGAAACAGGAGCCCCAAAAUACGAAUAUAAUGGACUAUUCCAACUCCAUAUGUGUUUCUCCUGAACACCAGCAACAGAAGGCAGGAGAGUUGGCUACUCCGUCACUCGCUGGACAUCAUCAAGAGGAUCACUUGAUGGAAAUUUCACAUGCCUUUCAAAGGUUGGAUUUGAUUGAGGCAGCACAAGUAAAGAUGCGGAGUGCUCUGUUGUUGGAGCAAAAUGUCAGUCAUUGUGACACAGCCCAUAAAGUUGAAAAAAGUAAGAUACUGAGUAAAAGUGAUGACAAGCUUUCUGAAAAGAUCGGCAAACCUUUUAAAUGUGACCAGGAUGAGUGUGAUUACUCAUUCAUGACAAAGGAGGCGUUAUUCAAACAUUUAACUAAAAUGCACGAUUACACUCAUGAAAUGAUAGAAGAUCUGAAAAAAAACCCAGCCAAAUUUUCUCCAUAUCCUUGUCAGAUUUGCCCCAAAACCUUCACGAGAACGACAGGUUUGAGAAUUCACUAUGAAAAGGUCCACCGGUUGUCAAAGGCAGACAUACAGAAGCUAAAGAUCAGUGCUCGAAACAGGCGUGCAUUUAGACUGAACAAGGAUGACGUGUUUAUUAGCCGGGUGACCACUGAUGCCAAUUCCAGUCACACAACGCAGUCUGCAGUUGGAGUACCUGCUAUCAAACAAGAACCACUUGACAUUGCAAUUGCACCUCAAACAAACAAUGAGAACAAUCCACAAGUUCCUCAAAUGACUUUGUCUGGAGCUACAGGUGCACAACUACCACCGCCUCAAAACUACAUGACUGAGAGGUCGUUCUGUGAGAUGGAACCAUCAGGUCACGAAAAAGCCCCGGAGCAAUCUGGAGUGGCUGUUGUAAACAAGAGUCCAGAUGUGAAACAGAAAUCCAGUGGACAAGAGAAACUCAGUCCAGUUGUCAAAACCAAGAAGCAGCACGGACGAUCAGAUGCAUUUGGCAAAGUCGAGGAGCCAAUGUCCAGCCCUUUUGCUGCAUCUGCUUCCUCCCCAGAGAAACCCAGCAGCUCCAAAAACACACCAACGAAGGACGAAGCCCAGAGGAAAGAGAAAGCUCAGAAAAGGUUGAGCCUCAAAAUGUGCGAAAUAGACGCCUACAGCCCAUAUAGACCAUAUCGCUGUGUUCAUGAUGGAUGCACUGCUGCAUUCACCAUCCAACACAAUCUGAUUCUACAUUACAGGGCCAUGCAUCAGGCAUCCCUGCCCGCGGGCAAGACUGAACCAGACACUGAAAACACAAGUGUCGAAAAUGGACAGGAGUGCUAUCAGAGCAUAGACCAAGAAGAUGAAGUCAGGUGUCAGGUGAAAAACUGCUCACGCGUGUUCAUGGGAAUCACAGGGUUAGUGCAGCACUACCUGUUACUCCACAAGUUCAGUCGUGACAAAGCUACCACCAUGAUGGCCAGCAUGACCAUAGGGACUUUCAACUGUGACCGGCCAGAGUGCACUCUCCCCUUCGACUCUGUGGAAAAGUACAUUGAGCACAUUAAGAAUUACCACAAGGAAAUCGCCAUCUCUGAGAGCGGCUUAGUUGAUCAAACUUUCAAAUGCGAGUUUGAGACUUGCGACCGCGUUUACACGACAAAAUCAAACCUCCUACGUCACCUGAUAAAAAAGCAUGAAUAUGUUUAUGAUCCCAAAACAAGUGACGGAAGACGGACUAAAUCGAUGGGGCUGUUCCUGGGGGAUAAUGGCAAAGAGAAUGUUGACAACAAAUUCAAAUUGAAGAAGAAAAACUCUAAAAAGAAGGAUGGGAAGUCCAUUGAACACUGGACUAGUUUUGGAAAGCCUACGUUAAAAUCCCACGAAGAGGCAUCAGCCAUGUGCACCAAGAAGUCUGCACUGCAGUACCCAUGCAUGAUAACAGGCUGCGAUGCAGUGGAGCGGGCGGAAAGAAGUAUAUUUAAACAUUACACAACCCAUGGUCUCACAGAGAGAUACAUUGAAGACCACAGGAGUCAGUUCAUUUUCUGCAAAAAGUAUUCACGCUCCAGAUUCAAAGAUUCCAGCAAGUCUGAGGGCGCAUCAGGCUCCUCUUCUGAGGAGACGGAGCCAGAUGACGGCGACAAGGCCAGUGAGCAGAAAUCCGAUGAGCUCGUGGAUCGAAUAGGCCACGACGACAGCAAGCUGUCCAACGAUGAUAGUGCAGAAUCGCAAGCUUCCACUGGGACAGAAGGAGGGACGAAAAGAGGCCGUCCCAAAAAGCCUGCUCAUCCUACACCUGCUUGUCCGGAGAGGAUGCAGACCCUUAGGACUCGUUCGACUGUUAACAGUUCAAGAGAGAACUCAAAUCCUGGUACCCCUACAGCCCAAGAACAACGUGACGACGGGGUUUUGCCGGGGUCUUUCAAGCCUUUAGGACUGGAGGACUCUUUCCUUAAGUUCUUGGAGACCGCCGAGUCAACCCACUCUUCCAAACGCAAAUCAAAUGACAAAUCUAGUGCUGAACUGCCGUCCAAAAGACAACAAACUCACAAACAGAAAUCUGCAAUGAAGAGUAAAGUAACAGGCUGUGAAAAUCUAGUCGACUUCAGAAAUCCACUUAAUCUCAAAUCAGUGAGCAAUGUCAAGAUUGUCGUUGAUAAAACAUUUUCAGACGGUGCUGAUCUUUUGCUAAAACAGCUUCAAGACAUGAAGCCCAUAGUCAAAAUAAAAAAGUGGCUUUAUAGCGGAUCAUAGCGAUAAUUUGUUUUCAACUCGAUCUCACUCAGGAUUUGAGAAGUUAUGCUGCAGAAUGGUUUGUUAACGCAUCAGAUUUCCAACUGGUAACAGUAAUGGUCGCAGUUAAUUAUGAUAUGGCCAAUUUUGUACUUAAUGAAAAAAUGUCUUGGAUGAUUUUAUGUAUGUAUGUUAGUUAUAAUAACCAGGUAAUCUAUAGGGCAUAGAUUUUAGAAACAUGUUUGUAUUUAUGCUUAGUACUGAAGAUGGUUUUUUUUCUUUUGCUAAAUGGAGACUUUUAAAGAAGAACUAUGUUUUUAUAUAUCCCUAUGGGAUUUCAAGUUAUGUUUGUAUUUAUUUCAUCCUUUUUCAACACUAGUAGACCUAUCUGUAAUAUUUACAUGUCUUCCACAAAGUGUUCAAUAAAAUGUUACUGUUUCUUUUUGUAAAAUAUUGCCUGCAGAACUUUUUGUGUUGCAAUUUAAUGCACAUUUUCUCAUAAAUGGAAAAUAGAAAAAUAAUGCCUAGUAUAUCAUUAUCAGUGUGACCAUUGUUUAGUUUCAGACAAAACGUUAGAAAGAGAUCAUUUAAAAUAAUAUUGUUGUCUGCGGAAUUUCCUAACACAAAUUACACAUUUAAUGGACUUAAUUUGCAUACAAAUAAAUGCCUUUUUGUACCA